AUGUUUCAAGUCUUGCGCACUCUCUUUGUGCUCGCUUCCAGUCUUGCCAUCGUCGCUGUUCAGGCACAAGGUCCUUCAGGUGGCCUUGCUGUGACAGCAGAGACAGGCACAUAUGUCGGCCUCAUCAACGGGACCACCCCCAACGUCCGUCAAUUCCUGAACGUACCAUUUGCGCUUCCCCCUACCGGUCGACGUCGAUGGCUCCCACCAGUGAAAGUAGCCACCAACUCUUCAACACUCAUGGAUGCUACUACGUUCCCUCCGUCCUGUCCACAGUAUCUUUCAGCAGGUCUGUCAGUAUAUAAUGAGAUAGUCCCGGAAUUCGUCAUUCCAGCCGGGCCAUAUCCUCCAAAUGCUGGAGCUAUGCCGCCGACAACGGCCGAAGAUUGUCUGUCCCUUGCCAUCUGGGCGCCAACUGGAAAUGCCUCCAGAGGUUUCAACAAUGGGGGAAUCAACAUCCAGUAUCAGCUUCCGCACCACUGGGUGCAGAGAACCCAAGCCCACAUUGUUGUGACCAUAAACUACCGUGUCGGGAUAAUGGGAUUCCCAAAUGCUGCCGGUCUCGAGUCUCAGAAUCUUGGAAUACUUGACCAGCGCAUGGCUCUUGAGUGGGUUCGUGAUAAUAUCGCGGCUUUUGGAGGUGACCCGUCCAGGAUCACGCUUUGGGGUCAAUCUGCAGGUGCCAUGUCGGUCGAUUUCCAUAAUUUUGCGUUCCACGAUGACCCGAUAGCAAAGGGACUGUUUAUGGAAUCUGGCACCGCGUUCUUACAAGAUAGUUCUACAGACUCCAAGCACUCAAACUUCACAUUCGUAGCCUCCCACCUCGGCUGCGGGGGUCUGAACGCGUCCGCAGAAAUUGAAUGCAUGCGAGACGUGCCCGUUGAAGAGAUUGUCAAUUUCGUCGGGCACCGAGGCGACAACAAAACCACUCCAGCUCUUGAUUUCGGUCCUGUGGCAGAUGAGAAGAUCAUCUUCUCGAAUUAUACGCAGCGGUACAAGCAAGGUCUGGUGGCCAAGAUUCCGGCUAUCGUGGGAAAUGCGGCCGACGAAGGCUCUGGUUUGACGCCGUACACGAAUGUUACAACAGGGCCGAAUGCAACUCUUGCCAUACAGACGACCCUCGAUUCAUUCAUCUGUCCUUCCCACAAGACCUCGGAUUACCGAGAGCAGAACAAUUUGCCAACAUACCGAUACCUAUAUGCGGGCAACUUUUCCAACAUCUCGCCGCUACCAUGGAUGGGCGCCUACCAUGACACCGACCUCCCGAUGCUUUUUGGGACGUACGAUGACUUCCGAGGUGCCGGUCCGGAGUAUGAAAGCCUCGUGAGCCAGAAGCUACAAGACUUGGUCCUUUUGUUUAUGGAAGAUCCAGCGACAGGGCCCAAGGACUUGGGAUGGCAGGGCUAUUCAAGCGGCCAAAUGUUGCGGUUUGCAGCAGACGGCGUUGUGGCGAAGAAUGUCAGUGUACAGACCGUCGAUGGCGUCUGUACUGGGCUGGGAGGGCUAAAUUGA